CUGGGCUUUCGACUACUGGGGAAGCGGCACCAAAGUCACCGUAACAAACACUCAACCCUCUGCACCCAAGUCAAUCUUCGCCAUGUCUCAGUGUACUUCUGAUUCUGAGUUCCUCACCAUCGGCUGCUUGGCAAGAGGUUUCUCACCUGCAGACUCGCUUACUUUUAAAUGGUUGGAUCCUGCUGACAAAGAGUUGAGUGAUUUUGUGCAGUUUCCGGCGUUCGGACGGGAUGGAGACUAUACCAAAAUCAGCUAUCUGCACAUAAGAAAAAACAAUUCAGAUCCUCAAAAACCUUACAAAUGCGAAGCUUCAAAUCAUCAAGGCAAAAAAGAGGCUGAUAUUAUUAUACCAUUGCCUCCGAGAAAUCCAAUCCUGAGCAUGGUUCCUGUAACAACCCUAAAAAGUAAAUCUGUCAUGUGUAUUAUUGAAGAUUUCUACCCCAAUAAGAACCUCUCGGUACAAUGGAAAAUAAAUGAUAUAGACAGCAUGAGCCAGCUAAAACUGGAAAGUGAACUGAAUAAUCAAACAGGUUAUUAUAAAGGAUACAGUUUUUAUGAAGUCAGCAGUGAGAAUUGGGAUGCAAAUACUCAGUAUACCUGUGAGGUCACACACCGGGGAGAACAGUUUAAUACAACAGCAAACUUCGAAGCUAAACUGUCGCUGACACUGAAGCCACCAAUUCAGAAAGAACCAUUUGUUAAUACUAAAAUUGUCUUGCAAGCUGUUGUUUCUGGAGAUGUAGAAAAUACAGUGCAAGAUGUUUCAGUGUCAUGUAAAGUAAAAAAUGAGGAUGUGCCCAAUGAGAAUAUCACACCAGGGAAUGUUGAUUUUUCUACUGACAUUUCACAAUUUAAAAAAAUUCAUAAUGUCAUCAUUGAUACAAAGAAAUGGUUUGAUGGUGAAAUGGUCACCUGCACCAUCCAUGACACAAAUAAUAACAGAGACAUCAAGCAGCAGAUUCAUUUUGAAAAUGGAGUUACACUGACACUGAAUCCACCAAAAGAGAAAGAACUGUUUCUCCAUAAUAAAAUUGUCUUGCAAGCUGUUGUUUCUGGAGAUGUAAAAAAGACAAAUGCUUCAGUGUCAUGUAAAGUGAAUAAUGUACCUGUAACCAGUGAAAAUAUCACAUCAGGCAAAAUCAGUUUUUCAAAUAAAACUUCAGAGUUUAUAAGGAUCCAUAAUGUCAUAAUUGAUACAAACAAAUGGUUUGAUGGUGAAAUGGUCACCUGCACCAUCCGUGACACAGAUAAUAACAGAGACGUCAAGCAGGAGAUCCAUUUUGAAAAAGGAGAUGGACAGAAACCGAGUGUUGUUAUUUACAAACCUGAUCUUAUCGACAAAGAUCGUGUGUCCCUGGUGUGUGAGGUUACUAGCUCUAAACUCGGCGACGUCUAUAUCAUGUGGAAAGUGGGUGAUGAGAUUUACAUAGAGGGCACAACCAGUGCUCCCAUCCAUCAAAAUAACUACACGUCUGUUCACAGUUUUCUAACAAUGUCAGAAGAAAAGUAUGAACGUCUCAAAUCCACCAUCACCUGUGCAGUCAAACAUGCCAACAUGGACCAUACAGGAUCUCCAUUACAAGUUUCAACAAGCCAAAUUACACUGACACUGAAGCCACCAAAAGAGAAAGAACUGUUUCUCCAUAAUAAAGUUGUCUUGCAAGCUGUUGUUUCUGGAGAUGUAAAAAAGACAGUGCAAGAUGCUUCAGUGUCAUGUAAAGUGAAGGAUGUAAUCGUAACCAGUGGAAAUAUCACACCAGGCAAAAUCAGUUUUUCAAAUAAAACUUCAGAGUUUAUAAGGAUCCAUAAUGUCAUAAUUGAUACAAAUAAAUGGUUUGAUGGUGAAAUGGUCACCUGCACCAUCCGUGGCACAGAUAAUAACAGAGACGUCAAGCAGGAGAUCCAUUUUGAAAAAGGAGAUGGACAGAAACCGAGUGUUGUUAUUUACAAAUCUGAUCUUAUCGACAAUGAUCGUGUGUCUCUGGUGUGUGAGGUUACUAGCUCUGAACUCGGCGACGUCUAUAUCAUGUGGAAAGUGGGUGAUGAGCCUUACAUAGAGGGCACAACCUGUGCUCCCAUCCAUCAAAAUAACUACAUGUCUGUUCACAGUUUUCUAACAAUGUCAGAAGAAAAGUAUGAACGUCUUAAAUCCAACAUCACCUGCGCAGUCAAACAUGCCAACAUGGACCAUACAGGAUCUCCAUUACAGGUUUCAACAAGCCAAAUUACACUGACACUGAAGCCACCAAAUAAGAAAGAACUUUAUCUCCAUAAUAAAGUUGUCUUGCAAGCUGUUGUUUCUGGAGAUGUAAAAAAGACAGUGCAAGAUGCUUCAGUGUCAUGUAAAGUGAAGGAUGUAACCGUAACCAGUGGAAAUAUCACACCAGGGAGUGUUGAUUUUUCUACUGACGCUUCACAAUUUAACAGAGUUCACAAUGUCAUAAUUGAUACAAAGAAAUGGUUUGAUGGUGAAAUGGUCACCUGCACCAUCCGUGACACAAAUAAUAACAGAGACGUCAAGCAGGAGAUCCAUUUUAAAAAAGGAGAUGGACAGAAACCGAGUGUUUUUAUUCACAAACCUGAUCGUAUCGACAAAGAUUGUGUGUCCCUGGUGUGUGAGGUUACUAGCUCUGAACUCGGCGACGUCUAUAUCAUGUGGAAAGUGGGUGAUGAGCCGUACAUAGAGGGCACAACCAGUGCUCCCAUCCAUCAAAAUAACUGCACGUCUGUUCACAGUUUCCUAACAAUGUCAGAAGAAAAGUAUGAACGUCUCAAAUCCACCAUCACCUGCGCAGUCAAACAUGCCAACAUGGACCAUACAGGAUCUCCAUUACAAGUUUCAACAAGCCAAGUUACACUGACACUGAAGCCACCAAAUGAGAAAGAACUGUUUCUCCAUAAUAAAGUUGUCUUGCAAGCUGUUGUUUCUGGAGAUGUGAAAAAGACAGUGCAAGAUGCUUCAGUGUCAUGUAAAGUGAAGGAUGUAAUCGUAACCAGUGGAAAUAUCACACCAGGGAAUGUUGAUUUUUCAACUAAAACUUCAGAGUUUAUAAGGAUUCACAAUGUCAUAAUUGAUACAAAGAAAUGGUUUGAUGGUGAAAUGGUCACCUGCACCAUCCGUGACACAAAUAAUAACAGAGACGUCAAGCAGGAGAUCCAUUUUAAAAAAGGAGAUGGACAAAAACCAAGUGUUUUUAUUCACAAACCUGAUCUUAUCGACAAAGAUCGUGUGUCUCUGGUGUGUGAGGUUACUAGCUCUGAACUCGGCGACGUCUAUAUCAUGUGGAAAGUGGGUGAUGAGACUUACAUAGAGGGCACAGCCUGUGCUCCCAUCCACCAAAAAAACUACACGUCUGUUCACAGUUUUCUAACAAUGUCAGAAGAAAAGUAUGAACGUCUCAAAGCCACCAUCACCUGCGCAGUCAAACAUGCCAACAUGGACCAUACAGGAUCUCCAUUACAAGUUUCAACAAGCCAAAUUACACUGACACUGAAGCCACCAAAUGAGAAAGAACUAUUUUUCCAUAAUAAAGUUGUCUUGCAAGCUGUUGUUUCUGGAGAUGUAAAAAAGACAGUGCAAGAUGUUUCAGUGUCAUGUAAAGUGAAGGAUGUAACCGUAACCAUUGGAAAAAUCACACCAGGGAAUGUUGAUUUUUCUACUGACGCUUCACAAUUUAACAGAGUUCACAAUGUCAUAAUUGAUACAAAGAAAUGGUUUGAUGGUGAAAUGGUCACCUGCACCAUCCGUGACACAAAUAAUAACACAGACAUCAACCAGAAGAUCCAUUUUAAAAAAGGAGAUGGACAGAAACCGAGUGUUUUUAUUCACAAACCUAAUCUUAUCGACAAAGAUCACGUGUCCCUGGUGUGUGAGGUUACUAGCUCUGAACUUGGCGAUGUCUAUAUCAUGUGGAAAGUGGGUGAUGAGCCGUACAUAGAGGGCACAACCAGUGCUCCCAUCCAUCAAAAUAACUACACGUCUGUUCUCAGUUUCCUAACAAUGUCAGAAGAAAAGUAUGAACGUCUCAAAGCCACCAUCACCUGCGCAGUCAAACAUGCCAACAUGGACCAUACAAGACCUCCAUUACAAGUUUCAACAAGCCAAAUUACACUGACACUGAAGCCACCAAAUGAGAAAGAACUGUUUGUCCAUAAUAAAGUUGUCUUGCAAGCUGUUGUUUCUGGAGAUGUAAAAAAUACAGUGCAAGAUGCUUCAGUGUCAUGUAAAGUGAAGGAUGUAACCGUAACCAGUGGAAAGAUCACACCAGGAAAUGUUGAUUUUGCUACUGACGCUUCACAAUUUAAAAGAGUUCACAAUGUUAUAAUUGAUACAAAGACAUGGUUUGAUGGUGAAAUAGUCACCUGCACCAUCCGUGACACUAAUAACAGAGACGUCAAGCAGGAGAUCCAUUUUAAAAAAGGAGAUGGACAGAAACCAAGUGUUUUUAUUCACAAACCUGAUCUUAUCGACAAUGAUCGUGUGUCUCUGGUGUGUGAGGUUACUAGCUCUGAACUCGGCGACGUCUAUAUCAUGUGGAAAGUGGGUGAUGAGCCUUACAUAGAGGGCACAACCAGUGCUCCCAUCCAUCAAAAUAACUACACGUCUGUUCUCAGUUUCCUAACAAUGUCAGAAGAAAAGUAUGAACGUCUCAAAGCCACCAUCACCUGCGCAGUCCAACAUGCCAACAUGGACCAUACAAGACCUCCAUUACAAGUUUCAACAAGCCAAAUUACACUGACACUGAAGCCACCAAAUGAGAAAGAACUGUUUGUCCAUAAUAAAGUUGUCUUGCAAGCUGUUGUUUCUGGAGAUGUAAAAAAUACAGUACAAAAUGCUUCAAUGUCAUGUAAAGUGAAGGAUAAACGUGUGCCCAAUGAGAAUAUCACAUCAGGGAAUGUUGAUUUUUCUACUGAUGCCUCACAAUUUCAAAAAAUUCACAGUGUCAUCAUUGAUACAAAGACAUGGUUUGAUGGUGAAAUAGUCACCUGCACCAUUCGUGACACAAAUAAUAACAGAGACGUCAAGCAGGAGAUCCAUUUUAAAAAAGGAGAUGGACAAAAACCGAGUGUUUUUAUUCACAAACCUGAUCUUAUCAGCAAAGACUGUGUGUCCCUGGUGUGUGAGGUUACUAGCUCUGAACUCGGCGACGUCUAUAUCAUGUGGAAAGUGGGUGAUGAGCCUUACAUAGAGGGCACAACCAGUGCUCCCAUCCACCAAAAUAACUACACGUCUGUUCUCAGUUUCCUAACAAUGUCAAAAGAAAAGUAUGAAAGUCUCAAAACCACCAUCACCUGUGCAGUCAAACAUGCCAACAUGGACCAUACAGGACCUCCAUUACAAGCUUCAACAAGCCAAAUUACACUGACACUGAAGCCACCAAAUGAGAAAGAACUGUUUGUCCAUAAUAAAGUUGUCUUGCAAGCUGUUGUUUCUGGAGAUGUAAAAAAGACAGUGCAAGAUGCUUCAGUGUCAUGUAAAGUGAAAGAUGUAACUGUAACCAGUGGAAACAUCACACCAGGAAAUGUUGAUUUUUCUACUGACGCUUCGCAAUUUAAAAGAGUUCACAAUGUUAUAACUGAUACAAAGACAUGGUUUGAUGGUGAAACUGUCACCUGCACCAUCCGUGACACAAAUAAUAACAGAGACAUCAAGCAGGAGAUUCAUUUUAAAAAAGGAGAUGGACAGAAACCGACUGUUUUUAUUCACAAACCUGAUCUUAUCGACAAAGACCGUGUGUCCCUGGUGUGUGAGGUUACUAGCUCUGAACUCGGCGACGUCUAUAUCAUGUGGAAAGUGGGUGAUGAGCCUUACAUAGAGGGCACAACCAGUGCUCCCAUCCAUCAAAAUAACUACACGUCUGUUCUCAGUUUCCUAACAAUGUCAAAAGAAAAGUAUGAAAAAGCCACCAUCACCUGCGCAGUCAAACAUGCCAACAUGGACCAUACAGGAUCUCCAUUACAAGCUUCAACAAGCCAAACUACAUUUACACUGACACUCAAAUCACCCAAUGAGAGAGAACUGUUUGUCAAUAAUACAGUUGUCUUGGAAGCUGUUGUUUCUGGAGAUGCACAAAAAACAGUGAAAGAAGCUUUGGUGUCAUGCAAGGUGAAGGAUGUUCCUAUAACCAGUGAAAAUAUCACACCAGGAGAUAUUGUCUUUUCUACCAACACUUCACUGUUUAUAAAAAUUCACAAUGUCACCAUUGACACAAAGAAAUGGUUUGAUGGUGAAAUGGUCACCUGCACCAUCCGUGACACAAAUAAUAACAGAGACAUCAAGCAGGAGAUCCAUUUUGAUAAAGGAGAUGGAAAGAAACCCAAUGUUACCAUUUACAAACCUGAUAGUAUCAAAGAUCCUGUCUCUCAUGUGUGUGAAGUCACCAGUCCUAAACUCGGUGAUGUCUAUAUAAUGUGGAAAGUGGAUGAAGAGCCUUACAUAGAGGGCAGAACCAGUGCUCGCAUCUAUCAAGAGAAGUCCUUUUCUGUUCUCAGCAUCCUAACAAUGACAAAACAAGAGCCUGAAGAUCACAAAACCAUCACCUGCGCAGUCAAACAUGCCAACAUGAAUAAUACAGAAUCUCCAUUACAAGUAUCAACAAGCCCAGAUGAGUCACCUGAUCCAGAGAAUGGUUUUGCUCUGGACUGCAAUAAAGAUGUUCUGGAGGAGGAUGAGUUCAGAAGUCUCUGGUCCACUGCCACCUCAUUCAUCUUCCUCUUCCUCUUUUCUCUGAUCUACAGCGCUGUACUCAGCUUCUGCAAGGUGAAGCAGUGAUGAUUUAUUAAAAGAACAUGUGAAGUUUUUUUUUUUUCAUGACUGUAAUUAAAUAUUAGCCUAAUCUGUUUUGAAAUAAAAAGGAAAAUAACUAUAUUCUUCUUUUUUUUUUCUUCUUCUUCUUUUUCUUGCUCUGUCUUUGGCUGUCUCUUGGUAAAUCUGUCUAAAAAACAUGUAGGCUUACUAAAAUGUUGAAACUACAUAAAUUGCCCUGUGCUAACAUAUUCAACUGUUGGGUGAAGGACUAGGCACCUAUUCUAGCCCUGUGAUACUUCAACUACAGGGGAAAUGUUUCCGUAGACUAUCUCUACAUCACUUAAUUACUGGGGAAAGGACACUUUUUGUUUGUUUCAUGUUAGGCUUUAUUUAAUUUUUUCAUGAUGUAUUAUAUGAUGUAUUAUAUGAUAUGUCAAUUCCUGCAUUUUGUAUUGUCUAUAAUUAUUAAAAUAAAAUUGUUUCCUUUUUUGAGAUAAAUCAGAAUUUUAAGGUUAUGUUUUUACAGCGAGUAGCCCAAACCUACUUCAGUGUAGUCCAGCAUUACUUGUACAAUCACUUCUCUUUCCGAAAGUAACCUCAGUCUAGAUUUAUUCUAUUUCAAGAACCUUCAAUCUUAAUAGUGAAAUAGUGUGAGAUGAAUGAUUGUCAUCGAGAAAAAAUAGAGAUCUAUUAGAGACUAAUUCAAACUGCACACAACUCAUGUAUACCUAUGAUUUAGCCUACACAAUGCCGAAAUGUGGACAGAAACGUAGAAACUAGUCAUUAAAUUGGAAUAAAUAGAAAAUUUUAGGUAAUUUUCACUUAAAACAGAUCACCAUAUGGGCUAGUGUCUGUGAAUAUUGAACCGCAAAUUUAAAUAUGAAUUCUGCAUGGUCUGUGUGUCUCUGUGUGAAUGAAUGGCG